AUGGAUCUCAUUGACCUGCUCUUCAGGACCAAAGAUGAAGCGGGUGGCUGCCAUGGCAACCAACCGUGGAGCGUCACCAUGUAUGACACACUGAGCCCAGAUGGAAAAGCUACUGAGGACUUCUUGGACACCCUGCUGGCCGGGAGUGAGUCUUCCUCAGCUCCGACCUCCCCCCCGUGGUCACCUCGCACCCCAGAGAGCGACGUGUCCGACAUGGCUGACAGCCACCGACUGCCCUCCUGCGCUUCAUUUCAAGGCUUGGACGGCACAUUGGCUCACCCUGCAUCUGCGCAGUUUCCACUCUUUAAGCGUGAAAAUGAAAUUGCGUCAGAUGUAUCCAUUGAUCUGGACUGGGAGUCUGAUGGCCUCCAGGAGAAAUUGGGAAUGGGAUACUACCUCACUUCUAAUCAGAGUUCCACAACGGAAUCCAGUCAGAAGCUGACAGUGAGGGACCUGCUCUUAUCUAACCUGGGAGAGAAAAGAGUGCAGCAGCAUCCCCUGCAAGAGCUUGUUCUCAAUGAGGAUGAGAAGAAACUUCUGGCAAAAGAAGGGAUCAGCUUGCCCAGCGAAUUGCCUUUGACCAAGUGUGAGGAGCGUGUCUUGAAGAAGAUCCGCCGGAAAAUACGCAACAAGCGCUCAGCUCAAGAGAGUCGCAAAAAGAAGAGAGAAUAUGUGGAUAGCCUGGAAGAAAGGAUGUCUGCAUGCAGCGCACACAACCUCCAACUACAGAGAAAGAUCCAACAACUGGAGGAGACAAACAAGGCCCUGUUGGAACAGCUCAGCCAGCUCCAAGCGCUCCUUCCUAACAACUCCAACAAAACAACCCAAAGAGGGACCUGCCUCCUUGUUUUGCUGCUUUCAUUCUCUCUCAUCAUUUCAUCAAAUAUGAAGCCUAAUCCCUAUAGUCAACCAAGCCAGGGAGAUUACGCGGAGACAUCAGUGCCUUCACGCUCCCUGCAGUCGGUCGACCAAGUGAAGGAGGUCCCUUUUAUUCGGCCUCCCUUCUCCAUAACCCGGACCAUGGUGUCCUUCAGUAGUGUGGUGGAGAAGCUUUUGAAACGUCUGCCCACGGCGGAGCUGCCAGCAUCCCAGCAGCAUGAUCACAGGCCCAACAGCAACCACUGA